UGCUUCAUUUCUUCUCCUUCCGCCCAGCGAAAUGUAGCAGCCUCUUUCUUAGGGUUGGAUUGGAACGGCAAGAUCUCGCUAGGGCGUCGAAAUCCCGCGCCGCGGCGUCGAUCUUUAGCUUGGCGAGGUGAGGAAUUCUCGCGGCCUGUGCUGGCAUUGUGAUCUCCAGGCGGGAGGAGGAAUGGCCGUCUUGACGGAUGAUCAGCGCAAAGUCAUGAGCUCCGCUUGCAUGGAGAGGGGCCGGGAGAAGAAUUCGAGCAAUCGUAAAAAGCCAUGCAAGGCAAAGAAAGCUGGCGGGAGCGGGAAAGGCACCUGGGGCAGCCAACUGGAUCAGAUAGUCGAGCUUAGAAUCCAUCCCGACGAUCCAAAUUACGAUAGCGAGGAAGAACCUUACUGGCUGGUGGAAGCUCCGGUUGCCGAAUCCGUGGAAGAAUUCAAGGGAAGAGUCCUGUUAGCCAUCGAGGAGUACUUCAUGUCGUCGAACAUAGACGAGGCAGCUCAAGAGCUACGUGAUCUCGGGUGCCCGGACUUUCAGCACUACUUUGUGAAGAAGCUCGUCUCCAUAGCCAUGGACAAGCGUGAUCGCGAGAAGGAAAAGGCCGCGGUGCUGCUCUCGGCAUUGUAUGCCGACGUUGUUCCAGCGGACCAGAUGGCUAAAGGCUUCCGGAAGUUGCUUCUCUCAGUGGACAACUUGGUGCUGGAUAAUCCCAACGCAGUCAAGAUCUUGGCGGUGUUCGUGGCUCGCGCAGUGGUGGACGACAUACUUCCACCCGCAUUUCUCACGGACGCACAGAAGCUCUUGGCAGAAGGAUCCAAGGGGAUGGAAGUUGUGAACAAGGCUAUGGCAACGCACUUGGGACCAUCUGCUCAUGCCGACAUGGUGGAGAAGAAAUGGGGAGGAAGUACUCGCUCAACGGUGGAGCUUCUGGUGAAGAAGAUAGACGAGACGCUCGAGGAGUAUAGAGAAUCCGGGGACGUAACAAAGGCCUGCCAGUGCAUCCGAGAGCUUGACAUGGGCUACUAUCACCACGAGCUCGUGAAGAGGGCCGCUACCUUGUCCCUGAAGAGCAACAAGAGCACGCAAAGUUCCUUGUUGGCGUUACUCAAGCACUGCUCGGAAGAAGGCCUCAUCAGCCCCAGCCAGAUGUCGAAAGGCUUCAUGAGAUGUCUCGAGGAGUCGAGCGCCGAGGCUCGCGAGAAGUUGAAGCCGCUGGUGUCAGCGGCAGUGAAUGAAGGAUGGCUGAGUCCUUCGCUCCAGACUUCGUUAGCUUCGGCAGCUCCAGAGCCCGACUUCUCAAGCGCAGAGUUCAAGAAAAAGUCCACGGCCAUCAUCCACGAGUACUUCUCGUCCGACGACUCCCAGGAAGUUUUGAGGAGCUUGCAAGACCUGGCGAGCGUCCAGGACUUGUACCCUCUCUUCAUCAAGAGGCUCAUUCUGCUAGCGAUGGACAGGAGAAGCCGGGAGAAAGAGAUGGCUUCGAGCUUGCUGUCAAUUAUCCACACAGAGUCCGACACUGACCAAGUUGCCAAGGGGUUCGUCCUGCUUCUCGAGUCCGCCGAAGACACAGCACUGGACACUCCAGACGCAGGAACUCAGCUCACUUUCUUCCUCGCCAGGGCCGUGUUUGACAACGUCCUCACGCCGUUCUACCUGGAACAGAUCAAGGGACAACUUCUAGAGAACUCGCUGGGAAGAGAGAUCGUCGGCAACGCCAAGAGCAUCCUCUCGGCCCAACACGCCGGCGAGAGGAUCCUCCGGUGCUGGGGUGGCGGCACAGGCUGGGCGAUCGAAGACGCGAAAGACAAAGUUUUUAAGAUCGUGGAGGAGUUCGAAGCUGGCGGGGACUUGACGGAGGCGUGCCGGUGCAUCCGCGAGCUCAACAUGCCGUUUUUCCACCACGAGAUCGUCAAGCGGGUGCUAGACAUGGCGAUGGAGAAGCAAAACGAGCGGCCGCUGGAGCUGCUGGAGCAGUGCUCGAGGGAGGGGCUCAUCACCACCAGCCAGAUGUGUGCCGGAUUCACCAGGGUCUACAACUUGCUCAACGAGCUCGCGCUCGACGUCCCCAACGCGCACGAGAAGUUCCAGAGCUACGUCGAGACCGCGAAGCAGGCGAAGUGGCUGCGCGGCGAGUUUGAUUUCCAGGGAGGCCUGUGCUAGAUCGAAGCGCAAGAGUUUUGGAGGAUCUCACCGAAGAAACUUUGGAUCACUGCGACAAGGGUACGUAAAUUUUCCAUCCUUUUUGUUCUUGACAGUGGGUAUUUUGUUCUUGGGCAGUGGCUGACACUCGAGCUCCAUGCCAGCAUCGAUCUUGUGAAUAAACCCAGAAGAGAAUUUGUGGAAAAAACUAGCCUACAUUUUGCGCGUC